AUGGAUGAAAAAGAAGGAACAAUGAUUCUCAAAGGAUAUAUGAAAACCAUGUUUGUUACUGUGUCCAGCAAAUUCGAUAAUGGUUCUUAUGGGUCUGGAGCUGUUGGAGAUGGCGAAUUCAAAAUAUCAGUGCAUAUAAAUAAUUAUACGCCAAUUUUGUUUAAUAAAGGAACUCCUGUCCUCCUCACAGGAGAAAUAAAAAAGAACGCACCUUGUACGAUUGUAUGUUCUGAUUCAUCCUGCAUUCGUAAAGACGACGAAAGAGAACCAAUAUCACCCAUUAUACUGAUUAAUGGCAACAAAACCCCGAAGAGACACACCAGACCCGAAUAG